AUGAAUAAAUGUGUUUGUCAAGGUUAUGAUGGAUGUGCAACAAUGGCAGGGGCGCAGGGCAUAUAUCAGGAAGAUAGUGCUGUUCUCAAAAAUAUUAUUGGAGGUAGUGUGUUAACUAAGUUAUGUGAAACACGAUUUGUGGAAAAACAUAAAAGUGUCAGACAGUUUUAUAAACGAUUUGUAACAAUUGUAGAAGGCUUAGAAGAAAUAUCGAAAUCAAACCAUUUAAAUUGUAAGACAAAACAGCGUAGCUACGAACUUUUAGCUGCAAUAACUACUCCCACUAUUGUAGUUAUACUAUCAAUAAUUUCAAAGGUGCUAAUUUUAAAAUUUUGGGUGCUAAUACCCCCUAAGCCCCCCCUAUUUGCGCCUAUGCUGAUCGAUAUUCUUGAUUAUGAAACAUUUUACCCAGCUGUAUGUAUGACUAUACAAAUUGCCAUUACUUUACCUGCAACUUCAUGUUCAGUAGAAAGAUCUUUCAGCACAUUACGUCGUUUAAAGACAUGGCUGGGAAAUAGAAUGGUAAGUGAAAGGUUAAGUAGCUUAGGUCUGAUUAAUAUUCAUCGACAAAGGUACGAAAAUAAGGAAUUUUUUGUACAGCAAUUAGAAGGUAUUAUUGAAAAGUUUGGAUUGAGUUCUAGGCUGUUAGCAUUGUUUUUCAAUGAUUAA